GGGUCUUAGCGCCAGUGUGCCGCUGGUUUCUCUGGCCCCGCAGCACCCCAGAAAUGACCAACGACCUGGGCCGCACGGCGGAGCGGCGAGGGCGGCCACGUCGUUCCAUCAGUCCUGCCUCCUGGCUUCGUCUCUCCUCCCUAUGGCCGGUCCAUCCAUCUGUCCCUCACUUCCACCCUGGACCAGCCAUCGAUACCCCAGAACUUUCCAGCGGCCUGGAACAAAAUACGAGAAGAAGAGGCGAUGACGCCCUUCCAUCAGCCUUCCCGCUCGUGCAUUAUCUGCACGCCCAUCUGCCGGUGCGGUCUUGGAAAUCAGCGCAAGCUGGAUGCCCGUCCGUCCGUCUGUCCGCCGGUCGGCCAUGUUCCCGCACCCAAGCACUGGCCACCAGAAUUCCGAAGCUCUGGGUGCCAUGCGCGCGGUCGAUGGACGCUCCGACGCCCCAAGCACUACGCCCCACUCGGCUUCCGCCUGCCGCCAGUGCCCACGCGAUCAAUGGGUGCGUGCCCUCCCCGUGCAACGGGCAGCACGGCCACAAGGAGCCUCCCGGAACGACAGACUAGCCAGGGACGGCGGACGAGGGCGCGC